AUGAAGGUGGUCGUGCAGCGCGUAACAAGCGGGUGCGUCCGAGUGGAGGAGCAGGUCGUAGGCUCGAUCGGCAGGGGGUUAGUGUGCCUUGUUGGCAUUGGUCGGGAUGACACAGAAGACGACGCUGAAUGGUGCUGCCGGAGAAUUCUGAACUCUCGGUUGUGGCCCAACGAAGAAGGAAAACCUUGGACGACAUCGGCGCUCCAAAACAAUUUCCAGGUGUUGCUCGUGAGUCAGUUCACACUCCAUGGAUACCUCGCCGGCAACAAACCAGACUUCCACCUCGCCAUGUCUCCAGAGCCAGCAAAAGCCUUGUUCGACAACUUCGUGACACGGAUGCGUGCUGCCCAUCCAAGCCCCGAGAAGAUUCAGGAAGGCGUGUUUGGAGCGUACAUGGAAGUCUCUAUCGUUGGCGAUGGCCCAGUGACUCUGACCUUGGAUUCCAAACUGCGCAAGUAG